CAACAUCACACUAUCUGCUCCUAAAUGGGUCACAAAGACCGCCCAACCAACAAAAAAGACGAACCACACUAAAGAGGGCUGGCGAAGAACUGCGGUCCGACAAACCAAUGACGACCGCUCGCUUCGCCAGUCAACAACAGAGACGCACUCAACUCAUCCACACGGCUUCCCCAUGCCCAGGCCCCUCCCAACGCAUCUCGUAGUGACAAACUCAUUUGGCCCCACCCUCACUGACACACCCACCCACCACCCACUCAUGCACAUGGUUUGCCGUCACAGAACCGUGCACAAAUACCACUGCACCCAAGCCUAUCCUCCUCUGUGUCGCACUCAUCUAGCAUCGACAGUGCGUCACACGUCUUGCAGUAGGCCGUCGAGUCCCUCUCACACUCCGGGCAGCCCGUGUUGGUGUGCCGCUGCUCUGAGUUUUCCUCUGAGAGGACCACAAAACUGCCAAUCACCCUCGGGUUCAUCAGCGUCUCCUUAGCUUUGAUGCCCAACACGCGCUCUACACACACACAGAGAGAGAGAGAGAGAGAGGGAGAGAGCGAGAUGGUGGCUGAUGCAUAUAACUGGAUCUGUCACGCCUCAGCAGAACUUACCACGAUGGUUGUCGUCACUGUCUUGCAGAGGUCGUUGAGAGGCCCCGUCUUGGGCCUCUUCUGCCUGUCCAGCUGGCGGCCACUGCAAGACCUCGAUCUUGUCCGCCUCAGGCUCAGGAACCUCAGGACCAGAUCCCCACCUGCAGCACAGCACCCACGCAAAUGAGGGGCUCGUCCUCGUAUGCCUGGGUGUGCACUUGAGUGUUGUGCAUGUGCAUCUGUCUCCCCCUCUCUCCGUCCGCCUACAUGAAUGCCUGACACGACGGCACGUCCGACUGGAUGCUUUCCGCGUCGUCGGAGGCCAUGUCAUACCGACCCGACCCGUCGACCGCCGUGAGAUUGACGUAUGUGUGCAGCGGCUCGAUCAACCCCCAGCCCCGAGGCGACACCUCUGCCACGACGCCGAAGUGAUUGGCAGCGAAGAGAGACAAGCGGCUCUUGUCGGGACUCCUGACAUUGUAAUCAAUAACCAGAGUGGCGGAGCGGGCAUCCGACGCGUUGCGCAUGAAGUCAGUGAAGGUGCGAUGGAGACGAGCAGGGAUCUGCAGGGUCCGCUGAGUGGCUCCGUAAUUGUGGGGAGGCGCCAGGGCGGUCAGCCACACGCACUGGCGGGCGAAGGAGUGGCCUGCGGGCACUGCGUCGCCAAACCCCGCAGGGCACUCUCUGAGCCAUGGGAAAAAGUCGCAGCCGGGCCGGGUCAUGUUGCCAGCUACUCCCUUCCAUAUGUUUUGGUGGAGGAUCCACCCCUCGCCCUCCCACUCAGCCGUCACGCGGUCGAUCACAUAGUCUGCCAGCUCGUCCUUGUCGGGCGGCUCCUCCGCCGUCACCACAAACGCCUGCUGAAACUUGCCAUCUUCCUCGGCUGUGUUGGGCUUGGUCAUGAUCGUCUUGAGCGCCUGAACGACAUCCAUGAGAGGACAGAUGAAUCCAUGGAUGCACAUGAGCCAGUGUUCGACGCUGCCUCACUGACCGUGUAUGACGCGGCUCCGCUGGACGUGUUUCUGAACGCCUCCACACGGUAGCGCGGCACUGCCCCAAUGCUGUCGACCUCCUCGUCGGCGCUGCUGAUGAGGUAGAGGGUGGUGCUCAGCAUCACAAAUGUGGGCUGCAACUCUGGUGGGCCCCUCCUCCCCCGACACACGGUGCGUUUGGUAUCGUAGAUGGGCUCGAGAAAGACCCGCAGCUCGUUCGGCGUGCCGGUGAGCUGCCACAUCUCGUCUUGCGUCUGCGAAGCAAGAUACACGACACAGCAAUGGUCAGACGGCGCUCUCACUCUCUGUCCGGUGCAUGUUCUCUUACGAUGGGUGCUCCCCAUUUGGCCCAAUCGUCCUGCAAGUAGCGGGCACCGGAUGCAGACGACUCGCUCAUGGCAUCCCCAUCUGCCCCCAGCAAGCGGGCAUUGACGUCCUCCAGAGUCAAAUCAGCGUGCAACCCUGAUAAACAGGAGACAUGAAUGACACACGAUAUUGCAGUUCGUCAGUAACUCAAAUGAACCCACCGGUCAGGGGGAUGUUGCCGAAGCUGUCAGAGCCAUUGAAGUAAAGGAUGCUCUCGUUGUACCUCUUCAAAGCGUCCUCGAAGGAGAAGAUCUCGAGCUCAUCUGCCGGCAUCACGCGCUCUACCUCGGCCUCCAGGUAACUCAGCAGAUGACCUAUGUCGACGGGAUUGGCAAUCUCUCGGCUGAAGAGCAACAGCUGCUGCCCUCGCAGGCUGUCGUCGGCCCUCUGAUAAGCCGUCCGGAUGCGGUCGAUCUCCUUUGUCUCGACGCAAUCGUGCAGUCGUUCGGUCAGCGUCUUCUGGCGUUGUGCGAAGGCCCGGCGGAACUCCAGGAUCUUGGAGAGGUCGACAAUGGCCAGAGUCAUGAGGCGCUGGUUGCGCACGUAGUAGUCCAUCGUCGCUAGAGCGAUGCCUCUAGCGUGCUCGAAUGGCGGGGUCGCCUUGCCAUCCUGUGUUGGCCUCACGGACCUCCAGUCCCAGCCAGGGCCGCUGACAAGGGUCUCGCUGCCUACAUGCAGUGGACAACGAGGAUGACAAAGCCCCACACAGCCACGUGGUUCUGUCCAUUACCGAGAAAGAAGUGUCCGUGGGCCGACAGUGCAGCAGUGACCCAUAUGAGCUCAUAAGGCAUGCGUCGAAAGACAGCACAUCAAAAGCGGAAACCGUCGGGCAUCCCCGCGUCCUGGAUGCCGUUCUGACGGGAAACACGACCAGGUCACUCAUUAGAAGGGCCCCCGAAGAGGUCAUUUGAUGGGUGCUGGUGUCACUUACUCUGAUGCUUGUCUCUAAACCGAAGAGGCUCAUCACAGAAGACCUGUCGCCAUUGUGAACGUCGCCUCCAAAACUGCACAGACACACACACUUGCCGUCUUGAGAUAUCAAGAGUGCAGCCGGCUGAUCUGUUAUGUCACCCUUUUCGGCCGGCGCCGUGAUCCCAGAAGGUGAGCGCAUAGUGCUCGGCAGGGAAGUCCUUCAAGCUGUUAGAGAUGAACUCCCUGAGCACUUUGCCAUCGUCCAUGUUGGCCUCGCCCCAGUCUUGCUUGAGCAACCAGCGGCGCCGGCUGGUGCUGUUCUCGUUCUCGUAGGGGUCACCGAUCAUCAGUAGCUCGUAUGCCCCGGAAAACUGCUGCCUUGCCUGGGAAUGAACCGUCGUCCGUCUGCGUGUUUGUGAGGAUGGCUGUGUGUGCGUACCUCUCUAGCGUUGACCUCUGGGGUGACACUUGGACAGAUGACAAGCUCGUGUACGGCUCGAUGCGACGAAUCGUCGAUCUCAGGGUCGGCGCGAUCGACGAGCACGAGCAGAUUGAUGUCGCCCUGGGGGAUCUGGAGCAUCUCCUUCAAGUCACUCAUGGCAUAGCUCUCCAAGUUGUUGUCCUGAUGACAGCCGCACACAUGCACACACAAACAGCUAUGAGGGAGGGGAGAGCGAAUGUCCCUAUGCCAUUCUCACCGCAUUCAUGUAGACGAGGUGCGUCCAGUGGGCCUUCCUCCUGCUCUCGAGGCGCUCAGCUACCCCCGCACAGAAGGUGGGCGGCCUCAGUUGGUACUCCCACCUGGGACUGUCGCAUUCAGGCAACGUAUACGGCUCGCCAGCUGUCGACUGGUCUGUACAAUUCUCCCUUGGAUGGAUGUGGCACGUGGGUUUGUCGUCUGAUGACCGCUUGCGGCAGUCGUCGACGCACCGACAGCCGCCGUUGGUGAAGACCUGCUCCUCGCUUCCCUCGACACACGCGUCGUAGUACUGGCCAAGGGUGGGCCCCAAACACAUGCAUGAGCCCUUGCCGCAGUCCUCCUGCUGAACUAUGCAGAACCACUCCAGGCCGGGGAUGCUGAGGCCUUCCUUCUGACAGCUUCUCUCGACGCAUCGACAACCGGUGAGCGAGAACAAGACAGCCUGAUGGGCCAGCUCCUCUGCUUCAUCCGCCGCACCGAUUGACCCGAUCACAGCUGUCGAGUCGCACGCAUCAAUGUACUGGCCGAAGAUCGGCCCCUGGCACCGGCAGCCGCCAACGUUACAGUCUUCUUUCUCGACGCGGCAGUAGAACUCCAAGCCGCAGAAUCUCCUCUUCUUGGCAUGUUUCGUCGAUGCAUCGGCAGCCACUGACCGAGAGGAGCACACUCUGCUCACCCUCAGCGCACUCGUCGUCCUCGCACUGGCCUUGAAGGGCUCUCCGCAGUGAUGAAGAUGUGGAGAGCGACGGAUCUGAGUCAAACACAGCACAAACAAAAAACCGGAGACAAUGACUGUUUGCUGAUUCAAAACAAUUCCUUACUCCUUGUUUGAGAUGGCUCACCAUGGGAUCUCAAGCAC